GACCCACAACGCCCCACUUUACUGAAAGGAGAGCGCGUAGAAGUGUGCGUCGUCUUGGGCCUCUCGGCUCGGCUCUGCUCUCUCUGCUCUGCUCUGCUCGCUCUGUGUUGGGGACCGACGGACUGCUCGCAGUCGCCGAGAGAGAGAUAGAGAAAGGCGAUUGCGUGGUUUCUGCCAAUAGGGCGCCUUGACGACGGAGAGAGGAAUAGGUGGGACUUGAGAUUUGAGUGGCGCAGGGAAAGAGAUAGAGAUGGGUUCUGGAGCCUUGCUUAGUUUCGUCGCCAGGAAUUUUGAUGUUCUCGCUGCGCCUUUCGUAACUCUUGUCUAUCCUUUGUAUGCUUCUGUGAGGGCAAUAGAAUCUGCAUCUCCAGUAGACGAUCAACAGUGGCUCACUUAUUGGGUGUUAUAUUCGCUACUUACAUUGUUUGAGCUGACAUUUUCACAAGUCAUUGGAUGGAUCCCGUUUUGGUCUUAUGCAAAGUUGAUAUUCAACUGCUGGCUGGUUUUGCCAUACUUCAAUGGUGCUGCAUUUAUUUAUGACAAUUAUGUGAGACCAGUGGUCUUGAAUCAACAGGGAGUAUUGUGGUCUGCCACUUCAGGAAGCAGCAGCUUCAGUAAACCAGAUAAUCUACUAUUAGCUGCAGAGAAAUUUAUCGAAGAAAAUGGAACAAAAACAUUCGAGGAAAUUAUUAGCAAGGCUGGAGGUGUGUCAAAGUCUAAGAAGAGCAAAAAACGUGUAACAUUUUACAAUGAGGGGAAUGCCAGAAAGGAGUCGAAGUUACAGGAAAGUUGACUAGGUGGAUCCUGAAAGGAGUCAAAGCGUUGAAGGUGCAGUGGUCAUGUCAGCAAGCUCCUGAAGAAAUAGAAGAUUUGUCUUUUGGACGAUGAUGCUACUAAGUAUUGGAAUCAAAAUAUCAAUUAUACAUAUUUGGAAGAAUCUUGAACAGAUUCAUGUCAUCUCCUUGUUGAUCUAGAGCUAGUUUAGUCUGAUGUAUACUUUCGUUUUUCUUUCCAUCUGUCAUAUAGAUGUUUGUUUUCAUUCUUCUAGGGGAGAACGAGAUCAACAUGUUUCAUAGGAAAAGAAUUAACUUGAGUCAGACACUUGAGUUUGCUUCAGUUUGUAGUCAGUCUGUGCAGUGUUUCAGAAUUCAGAUCAUACGCAAUGCUUGAGAAAAACCAAAGUUGAGUAUAUUUAAUGUUCAAAUAUAGCAUCUGAGAGAUA